CUUUAUUCAACGUGUGAUACUAUGAGGGGACUGGUUAUUCUCUCUGUCCUGACAGUGUGGGCGCUGAACUGUGCCAGUGUGCCAACGCGGGACACCAGUGGACGCCACUGGAGCUGCGAUGACAAUGACAAAGAGCCAGGGGCGAGGUUGGCCAUGCUCAGCAUCAACAGCAAACAUUUCCAUGGAUACAAGUUCCAGCUCAGAAACAUAACCUUCAGCACAGUGGAGAAGGGUCAAUCUGACUGUAAAUUGCACCUGGAACUAGACCUCCAGGAAACAACCUGUCACAUCAUCAACCCAAAAUCUUUCGAAGAGUGUGACAUCCGUCAAGAUUAUGAAACACAAGUGAAUGCCCACUGCAAUGUGACCCUGAGCAUCACAGAAGGCAUUGCAGAGGUCUCUAAACACUCCUGCAACACUGAACCAGUUUCUGCUGAGAAGAUGGUCAGAAUGUGUCCGGACUGCCCCAUUCUGCUGCCCCUUCAUAGCCCCGAGGGCCUAGAGAGUGUGAAGGCAGGCCUCAGGCAGUUCAACAUGGACCACAACUACACCUCCUACUUCAAACUGAUGGAAGUGGGGAGGAUUACAUCUGGGUACAUGAUGAUGACUGGAAUGAACUACUACGCUGAGUUGGCCAUCGUGGAGACUGAGUGUAAUGCCAAGAGCAGGAUAGAUACACAGGCCUGCAAGCCACUGUGCCCCGAUGAAGCUCGCCAUGGGCUCUGUAAAUCCACACUUCUGGGGAAUGGCCAGGUGGAUGUCAACUGUGAGAUCUAUGAAGCUCUUAACGCCAGUUCUCCCCGUACCCCUGGAAGGGAGUGUGGACACCCACCACACCGCUCCGGACACCACAUCCAUCCUGGCAUCAAGCAUCACCUCCCUCCCUGGGUACACAAGCCAGGCAAACCAGGCCCACUACCAGGCUUCCCAGGACGCCCUGGUGGCCCACCUCCAGGCGACCAAGGUCCACCCCCUGGCCCCCAUAACCCACCCCCAGGUCCCCAUAACCCACCCCCUGGUCCCCAUAACCCACCCCCAGGUCCCCAUAACCCACCCCCUGGUCCCCAUGGAGAGUUCCCCUUCCCCCACUGUCACGGGUUUGUGAAAAUCCCCCCCUCUAUCCACCCUCUUUGCCCCUUCCCACCCCCUCAUCACCCCCACCCACACCCUCGUCCCCAUGGCCACGGGCCACCCCCAGGGCACUCUCUACCACCCCACCCUACACACGUUCUGGGCAAGGCUCCUCCCCCACAUGUCAAGGCAUAAUCUCAGCAUUCGGAUUCCACUUCUAAAUGGUGGAUGGCUGAAAUCAUGUUGCCGUAUUCAGAAGUAGUUUUGCCAUCAUGGUUGAAAUAAUGGCAAUAAUAAGAACAGUAACUUUUUACUGCAAAUUAAAUGAUCUGUUUUCCUUUUCUGGCUUCUACUUCAUCUACGGAUUCUCUCUGUUAAAAUCAGCUGUGACAUUCUUGGAUUACAUAUUCAUUUUUUUAAAUUAAUAAAGUACUUGAUGAUA